UGUUCUUUAUUGUCUAUGUUGUGCUGUUCCCUCGGUUGCCUGUGAUCUUUGUAGAGCUUUAUUGAGUGGGUCUGGCCCUGUCUAUUCUCAUGACAUCAGUGUAUGUAAAGGAGAGGCUAUAGAAGAAGACCCCCCCCCCCCCCCAACACACACACACAUACCAGCCAUGGAGGAAGAGCUGAAAUGCCCGGUUUGUGGUUCCUUUUUCCGGGACCCGCUGAUCCUGCCUUGCUCACACAACGUAUGCCUGCCCUGUGCCCGCACCAUUGUAGUGCAGACCCCAGAAAGCGAGCACCUACCUCAUGCUGCCAGGCCCAUGAUGCUGAUGGGAGCAGACUACGAUUACCCGGAAUACCUGGAUAAGAUGAGCCUGCACAGCGAGACAGACAGCGGAUACGGCUCCUACACCCCCAGCCUCAAGUCACCUAAUGGGGUUAGGGUGCUGCCUCCGGCUCCUGCUCCAAGCUUAGGGGCCUCGGCUGGAGCCUCCUCCCGGGGUCUACAUGGCAGCCUGUGUAGUUUUUCCUCCAUCACCUGUCCGCAGUGUCACCGCAGCGCCUCCCUGGAUGAGAGGGGACUGCGGGGCUUUCAGCGCAAUAGACUGCUGGAGACAAUAGUGCAGAGAUAUCAGCAGGAACGCGGGGCAGCGCAGGCGGACGCAGAGGGCAGCGGAACGCUGGAGGCGGCUGGAGGACUGAGCCAUGCUAGGUGUCAGCUGUGUGACACCAACCCAGCAGAGGCCGCGGUGAUGUGUGAGCAAUGUGAUGUGCUUUACUGUUCUUCCUGCCAGAAAAAGUGUCACCCCACCAGAGGACCCUUCGCCAAGCACAGGCUGGUGUCACCUGCUCAGCUAGCACCUUCCAGCUUUAAUAGACUAAAGCCGCUCUGCACAGCUGUAGCACCACCCAACUUCAUUAGAAAAUUCCCAACCUGCACCGACCAUGAGCUGGAGAACUACAGCAUGUAUUGUCUGCAUUGUAGGACACCUGUGUGCUACCAGUGUCAGCAGGAAGGAAAGCAUGCCAAGCAUGAGAUGAAAGCACUGGGGAUUAUGUGGAAGCAACACAAGUCUCAGCUUUCCCAGGCUUUGAGCGGAGUUUCUGAUAAAGCAAAAGAAGCGAAAGAAUUCUUGGUUCAAUUGAAGAACAUUCUUCAACAAGUCCAGGAAAAUGGUCUGGAAUAUGAAGCAUGCUUGGUUGCUCAAUGUGAUGCUCUGGUUGAUGCAUUAAACCGUCAGAAAGCGAAAUUGCUUACCAAAGUCACAAAAGAACGUGAACAUAAAUUCAAGGUUGUCUGGGACCAGAUAAAUCAUUGUACGCUGAAACUGCGCCAGUCGACUGGGCUGAUGGAAUAUUGCCUUGAAGUCAUCAAAGAAAAUGAUCCCUCUGGUUUCUUACAGAUUUCAGAUGCUUUGAUAAAACGAGUACAAGGCUCUCAAGAACAGUGGGUAAAAGGUGCUCUGGAACCCAAAGUCUCUCCUGAAUUUGACCUCACAUUGGACAACGAGCCUUUGUUGCAGGCCAUUCACCAGCUGGAUUUCAUUCAGAUGAAAUUUCCCAUUACAGUGCCCCCAGUACCAUUACUGCAACUGGAGAAAUGCUGCACUAGAAAUAACAGUGUCACUCUAGCAUGGAGAAUGCCACCCUUUGCCCACAACCCUGUAGAUGGAUAUAUUCUUGAACUGGAUGAUGGAGAUGGAGGCCUAUUUAGGGAAGUUUACGUGGGAAAAGAAACUCUGUGCACCAUUGAUGGCCUUCACUUUAAUAGCACGUACAAUGCAAGAGUCAAGGCCUUUAACUCAUCAGGGCUUGGACCUUAUAGUAAAACAGUAGUUUUGCAGACAUCUGAUGUGGCAUUUUUCACAUUUGACUCGAAUACUGCACAUCGGGAUAUUGUACUGUCCAAUGACAACAUGACGGCCUCUUGUAGCAGUUACGAUGACAGAGUUGUUUUGGGCACAGCUGCAUUCUCCAAGGGAGUUCAUUACUGGGAGGUACAAGUUGACAGAUAUGAUAACCAUCCUGAUCCAGCAUUUGGUGUUGCCAGAAUUAAUGUGGUAAAAGAUAUGAUGCUUGGAAAAGAUGACAAAGCCUGGGCUAUGUAUGUAGAUAAUAAUCGAAGCUGGUUCAUGCACUGCAACUCUCAUACUAAUCGAACGGAAGGAGGUGUAAGCAAAGGAACCACAGUUGGCAUACUCCUUGAUCUUAAUAAACACAUACUAAUAUUUCAUAUUAAUGGCAAGCAGCAAGGACCUGUAGCCUUUGAGAACAUUGAUGGUGUGUUUAUGCCAGCAAUUAGUCUCAACCGAAAUGUACAAGCUACUCUCCAUACAGGCCUGGAAGUGCCAUCAAUCUUUAGACAAAGCAAACCACCAAGUUGAAUCUGUUCUCUUUUCAAUGGUGCAGAAUUUUUACAUUUCUCUGUUUAUAAGUGGGGUAUCAUUAUCAUGCAGGGCUUAAGAUUUUAAAGUGGCCAUUUCACCCACAUUGUUCAUAGUUUUCAUGUAAUGUUUACGUAACAUCCUUAGAUUGCCUAUGUUGAAGGAAAUGCCAACAUCGUUGUUUGUGAAACAUGGGAAAUGAAAAGGCUGUAGUAUGCAAUUAAAACAAAAAUAUGCUAAAUGAAGGCAAAGUUUAGAAAAAAACAUGUAUUAAGAUCACAAUGCAAGGAAGAAAAGCAUGGUAUUCCUUAGGAUAUUAACAUUGCGUAUGUAUGUAAAUAUUAAUGAACCAAGUCUACACAAAUCUUUUCCUGGCAGUGACAGUAUCGAGUAUAAAGCAAGGCAGGAGUAAGGGGACUACCACUCCUUUCCCAGUCACACUACUCAGUAGGCUUUUCUAUUGUUUCAGGUUUUUUUUUAGAAAUUAUACAAUUCUCUUGGUUCCUGGCAAAUAACACACAUUUACCCAGUGGCAUAUGGAAAGCAUAUACCUUUUUGCCCAAAUUGUUAAAUAUUAAAAGUAGUUAAUUAUUUAAAAAAUGAAUAGGAAGAUAAUUUGUUAGUUUGUGUAGUUAGUGAUUUAAUGUUAUGUCUUUAGAGGCUGUGGAACUAUAACUGAGAAUUGGAAAGCAGCCUUUGGUGCUAAACUGUUCUCAAUGACAUGUACAAGUGUUUAUCUUUUGCCUGAAGGACCAUGGGAUGAUUCCAGGACAUGGAGGACCUGUGCUGUCUUACAGGCAUCCUUAAAUACAGGGUGACUUACUUCUGACAUAAGUCUAUACAGGGUUAUUGCAACCUUUCCAAGAAAGAUUUUCAACAGUGAAAGGAAUGUGUUGAUGUAGUGACUGACUUCAUAUAAACCUACAAGUGCUAACACAACACUAUAUGUAAAUAUAUAAAGUAAUUCAUGUUUUGUGCAUCAAUUAAGUGUGCUACAAAACACAAAAAUUCAUGCCAUUCUCUUAAAUUGUUAUGUUAUAAAAAAAAAUUAACAUUUACAUCUGUCAGAGUCACUGAUUCACCAACUGAAAGCUUCAUGUUUCAGUCAUCACAGUUUAAAUUAACUACAAAAUGCAGAAAGCAGUAAUGUACAGUAAAUCAGGUUAACCUAUCGAACAUCAGAUUUCAUCAGUUUGACUACAGUAUACUAUUGGUUGUCACAGGUUACUCAUGUUUGUGCCCUCUACUAAGAUAAGGACAAUUCUAAUCAAAAUGUCAAAGCAUUUACCUUCCAGUGAUGUCUUUAUCUUAAAGCUAAACUCCAGGUAGAUAUGAAAAAAAAUAAAAAUAAAAAUGCAUUCAUUAAGAUUUAUUACAUCUAAUUAGUAAAAAGUAGGUACCUGGAUUUGACAUGGCAUUAGUCUCUUGUAAUGGCCUAUACAGUAGAUGUGGACUAAUUUAGAGAGUCAGGGGCAGUUCUAUUGGCCAAUCAGGUGUGCUGCAGUAUACUCUAUAUGUACUAACAAGAAAUAUGAGUAUACUGGAGGAGAUGAGGAGAGUGCAGGGAAAUGGGCAGUCUUUUGCUGCUCUUUGCCUGUGCAGUCACAGGAUAGGGCAGGGAGGUGGUUCAUCUGGUUCCUUAACCGCUGCAGAGAAAAUGCAGGUCACCAGCCUAGCAGAACUGUGUAACAUUUUGGGACUGGAAUAUAUGGACAGAAAUACAGAUAUUUUAGUAGGUAAAAAGCUCUUAUAUAGGUAUAUUAUCUAUGUAGGCGUGCCUAAUGUUCAGUAAUAAGGCACCUCUAGGCCAGUGUUUUGAAUAACAAGGUUAGGGGGGUAAUAUAAAGCCAAAAAUACAGCUAAUUGUGGUUAAAUUAUAACAUAUUUCUAUAACCUAGCCAUUUUGGACACUUGUGAGUAAAUCCAGCAAAAGGUAUUGGGUGUAAUGGUUAUUAAGAGGUACUACAAGGCGUUCACUAGCUCAAGCAAUGUACAGUAUACCUACUUUCCCUUUCCCUUUUUUCUUGUUUGGUGGACUAUACAUUUAAAGAGUAGCAGUACAUAUAGAGCAGACAGCAUGCUGCCACUUGUUGUACAUUCAAGUUUCAGCUUUGAAAACAUAAUAAUGAGAUUAAAGGAGUUGAGCGUGUACAGUGGGUAGGUGUCACUUUAGGCAAAGGAUGUCUAUAUAACACUUGUAUUACUUCACCAUAACAGGGCUGGAUCAGGAGAUGUAUUUUCUUAUCCCUUUAACCCCACAAAAAUUUUCAUUAUAAGGUGCCCCAUAUGUUCACUUUUCUGGCAAAAGCAGCCUCACUCUUACUAUAUGGUUAUGACAAUCUGAUGGUGUGAGUACAGCCACUUUGCACAUAGCUCAACUCAUCAUGAAGUAAUAAGUAAUUGUGAACCAAAAUGUCAUUUUAAAAUGGAUUAAAGAUGCGUAGGGGGAAAUUAUUUUUAAAAAUAAUAAGGUUACGGUUUAACUUAAAGAGUAUCCCUGCUCAAUGAUAAGCUUAAAAUUGGGGACAGAAGGAUAGGGAAUUGCUGAUUUAAUGAGAUGAUAAUUAAGAGGCUUCUUUUUGAUGUUAAUAGAACACUAGUUUACUUUUUCGCUAUCACAAUUAUAGGAUAAUGGAAAAAGCAUGUAACAUAGAUGCCAUUAUACAAAGAAAUUUUAUGAAAUUUACACUUUUUUAAAUAGGCAUGAUAUAAUGUCAAAUAUGCCAAAGAAGUAUAACUAGAGAGGACAUUAUUAGUAGAAGCAGUUAGCAAUAUAUUGGCCAUAAUUAAAAUUUAAAGACAAACUACGGGCAGAUAUAAAAUACACAAAUUAAUGUUGCUGGGUAUCCAAUAAUAAGUUAGUAAAUGUAUUUAUGUUGAUGCAGCUAGCUUAAGUAACUGAAUUUGACUUGGCAUCAACUUGUUGCUGUCCCUUAAACAGCAGAAGAACAUGCUAAUAGAAGAAAAGAUUUAGCAGAAUGGUGUGCUUAAAAGUCUGCAGACCAGGAGAAAGACAGAACACCACUGUAUUCCAUAAAUAUAGGUGAUGUCAUGUGGUUGUGUUGUAUGUUGGGCUUUGUAAAUCUUAGGCCUGGGUGGAUACAAAUAAAAAUGCUCAAUGGGUAAUAUAUGUAUUUGAUUUGUGUAUAUAGCUGUUUGCCUGGAGUUCAACUUUAAGAUAUAGAUAAUAUAAUUGGUGCAUAGGACACAAAAAGAAAGAUAAAAAUGAACUUAUGUUUUUAUUUAUUGCAUUAAAAAAGCAUAUUGUAGCAUAACCAAACAUUUUAAAGUAAGUGGAUAUGUAGUUGGUUUGCUUGUGUAAGAAGGAUACAGAGACUAUAUACGGUAUAAACUGUGUUGGGAGAAUAGCUGUUUCUCCAAUUGCCAAAGCUAUAUGAGCUUGUAUGUGUGCACUUCAUGAAAUUUUUAAAUGGCAUUACAAUGGGGAGACAUCUCUGCAGUAAUUUAAUGUUUUAAUAAUCUAUUGCCUUUAUAAAUGUUAUAAUGGUAAGAGUGGUGUCAUUUAGAUUGAGAACUACUUUAAUCUUUAUGGUGGUUGUGGAAUAGGAUAGGGAAGUGUUUCCCAAAGUAUGGGACUACAUGUAUUUACACAGGUGUGGCUUACACAGGCAGAUCACUCAUCAAGAAUGGUGGUAGUGAGAGAUCUACCGUUGCUUUUUUGUGUUUUGUGCUACUGGUACACACCUCCAAUAUUUCUUUCUGACAAUGCAUACAAACUGCUCUGUGUCGUAAAGAGAUCUACAGUAUAUCGUUUUAUGUAGAGGCUGACAAUAUUGCUGAGUGUGAUAACCAACACUGUCACUGUCACUCUGCAGUUAAACCUUACUCUGCAUUGCUUUUAAAUAUCGGGCUGUGUUUGACAGUCAUAUCAUGGUGAGACCCAAAUGGAACUAUAAAUUUCACUGUGAAAUUGUUACAAUUUGUUUCUGCUUGAAAGAACUCUUGGAUCAUUUUAUUUUACCAAAAGUUGCAAGGACUAACUGCUCGUUUAUGUCCAAGGGUACAGCAAUUUUAUUUUCCCGAUCUUUCUCUUACACAGGCUCCUUUACACCAGUGGUUCUCAACCUCAGUCCUCAAGUACCCCCAACAGGCCAUGUUUGAAGGUUUUCCUUUAUCUUGCA